UGAGUUCCUUAAUAAUAAGCAAAGAAGGGGAGAAUUGAUGGGAUCUUUCAUCUCUUCUUUGCUCUGUUCUACUUUCCUUUGCUCAUCCAACUGUCUUCCAUAUUUUGUUCCAUCACAAUACAACCUGCGAUAUGUACUUCAAAUUUUUUAUUUUUUUGUUCAGCUCAGUUUUUUCUGCUUUAGAUAUAUGAUUUUUUUUUAUUUUUUUUUAACUUGUUUUGUUUUGAAUAUUGCUCCAUUAUGACUUUUUUUUUUUUCCAAUUAUAAUCUAUUAAAUAUAAUUUGCUUGAGUUUUCUGUGGGUGAGGUUCUGUGGUUGAGUAAGACUUUUUCUGUUAAUUUUAUUUAUGUGGGCAAUGCUCAUAAUUUCUGUUAAUUUCUUCAACGGGAUUUCAAUUUUUCUUUUCUUUUUUAAUUUGGGUUCUUGGCAAGGUUCAGUAAUUGAGAACAAUUUUUUAUUCAAGAUUUUUUUUUUUUUCAUAUUUUAUACUUAAUUUUUAUGUAUUAUAAUUUUUCCCCCCAUGAAAACAUACCGUGCAUAUAUGUGUGCUUGUAUAAGUGUUUUUAAGCCUCCUCCUAACAGCCCUCAGGCCUAAACCCUUUCUCUUUCUGUCUCUCAUCUUCCCGCCUCUCAUCUCAGAAGCUCGGCCUUCCUUGAAAAAAGACGCAGCAAAAACGGGUUUCAAAACCACCGUCUUCACCCAAAGAUUUUUGAAAGUCACUUAAUGCGGUUAUAUUGUAAUAUCCAAGGUGUUCCCAAGAAUUUGGGUCCGGUCCACAAGUCGUUCCUUGCCCUGUUAUGUCUCUUUGUACAACUCCUAAAGCUGGGUAUUUGUACAGAAUUUGCAAGCUUGCAAAUGUCCCUUUUUUUAAGAGUUUUUCUUCCGUCUGUGCUCUUAGGACAGAAGAUUUCAUUGAAGGGAAGAAUACCCAUGAUUGUAAUUACCAAGGACUGCAACACAGGAUGCAAAAUUAUGCAACCUCUGGCUACCUUAUAGAAGCUCUGGAAACCUUAAAUUCCAUGUCACUAAUACCUGGGAAACCGACUGUAUAUGAUUAUAACACGUUGAUCCAUUGUUCUUUGAAGUCGCAUAAUGUAUCGUUGGAAACUUUGUAUGAUGUGUAUCAUAUAAUGAAAAGGUUUGGGGUUGCUCCUAAUGCAUCAACUUUUAAUACACUUCUCAAUGGGAUGCUAUCUCAUGGUUAUCUGAAAGUUGGCUAUCUUAUUGCAGAAGAGAUGUAUCGAAAUGGCUUUAUGCCAUCUUUUACAUCCAUGUCAAAAUUGUUGAAGAAAACUAUUAAAGCAGGGAAUUUAGCUGAUUCAGUUAGUACAUUUGAGUUUAUGUUGAGGUUGGACUACAUUCCAACUGAAUCUAGUAUGAAUUUGUUGAUAUCCCUACUUAGCAAAGUUGGGAAAAUUAAAGAGGCUUACUUGGUUUGCUCUGAUAUUCUGGUUAAGGGUUGUUUUUAUGCUGCAUAUUUGCAUAAUCCCAUUCUGUGGGCUCUUUGUAAGUCUGGUCAGACUUAUACUGCUUUAGCAUUGAUGAAGAAGAAAGGUGCUGUUCCUGAUGUCUGCUCUUAUGCUGCUUUAAUUUAUGGGUUUGGUAGAGAAGGCCUAUGGGAAGAUCUUCUUCGCUGCUUAGAUGAAAUGCAAAGUUAUGGCUGUAAGCCUAAUACCAUUACAUACACUAUAGUUAUCAAGUCUCUCUGUGAUAAUAAAAAGACUAGAAAGGCAUUGGACUUCUUAGGGAGGAUGAAGAGGGAAGGAUGUGAGCCAGACUUAACCACAUAUAAUGUAAUUCUUCGUGAACUUUGCCUUAAAGAUAGUGUGGAAGACAUUCUUGAGCUCAUUGAGUCGAUUGAUCAAAAAGGACUCUCUCCCAAUCCAUACACAUAUGCUGCUUUGGCAGGGGCCCUAUUGAAAAGAGAGGAGAUUAGAGUUGCUUAUAAGAUAUUGAUUGAUGCAAUCUCAAAGGGCUGUGUGGAUGUCGUUGUAUAUAACAUUUACUUCCAUUGUUUAUGUCAUGUGAAUAGAUCCAGAGAAGCAUUGUGUUUGUUAAAGAAUAAGAUAAAACAAGGUUUUAUGCCUAGAAAUGCAACAUAUAAUACCAUUUUAAAGGGCUUAUGCAGGGAGAAUUUUGUUCAUGAAGCUUUGGAACUCUUGGACCGCUUUGAGUGGGUUGCAAAUGGACCUGAUCUAGUUUCUUUCAAUACAAUUUUAUCUGCUGCAUGCAAACAGGGUAACUUUUCCAUGAUCAAAAAUGUCUUUUGUCACAGGAAAAUUGGAGGCAUUCAGCCCAAUGCCAUUAGCUUGAGCUGUUUGAUUCAGUACUUCUGUGCGGUGCAGAAUUUUCCAGAAUGUUUGAGUCUCGUGGACUACAUGAUAUAUAAUGGCUUAUGUCCGACUCCGUUCACUUCUAAUAUGCUUCUUCACGAACUUUGCCAAAAUGGAUUAGUAAGAACUGCAUGCCAGCUCUUUAGAAAACUAAGACACACUGGAUUUAUUCUUGAUGUGACUUUCUACAAUGUUCUUAUCCAUGCUUUUGUACGAGAGGGAGACCAUACAUUGGUUAAUCAAUUGUUCAAGGACAUAUAUGACCAAGGACUAAAACCAGAUGUUUUUACAUUUGGGUCUUUAAUUAAUAGCUUUUGUCAAGAAGGGAAGAUAUCUAGUGCUCUCCAAUUGAAAGAUCAAAUGCUAGAGGAUGGGCUAACCCCUAAUGUAGUGAUUUACAAUACCAUAUUGGUGGCAAUGUUCCGCAGAGGGAAGUAUUCUGACACAGUCUCAUUAUUGAAAACUAUGGUAAUGGAAGGGUGUCAGCCUGAUGUGGUAACUUAUGAGAUCCUUCAUCAGCAAACAUCUAGAAGUUGGACAAAGAGGUUCCCACUUGUUGUGAAACUGCUAAAGUUUGUGACAAGCAGAAAUUUCAAGAAAAAGACUCACCUUAGAGUGAAGACGAGCUAAUGAAUUUGACAAGAGUUAAGCUUGCUAGACUUGCUCUGAUUUCGUACUCCAAUAUUAUUAAUGUCGUGCCAUAUGAUAUCAAGCUUUUUAUUAUCUACGACCUGUUCCAAGAAGAGUCAUAUUUCUGAUCAGUAACAUUUUGGUGCAGAGAAUUUUAUGAGGAACCAUAAAGGUCACAUAAGGAAAAGUAGUAACUUGUUAUACCCAGCAUACCUGAGGAUGCAUGAUGCGAGGUUAUUUAGUCACCAAGGGGAAGGUUCUCACAUUCUGAAAUUUGUGGUAACUGUCAUUCAGGAAUCGCUAUUUUACACAUGCUAGCAUACGACCCUAUGCUGGUUAAGAUUUGAAGUCAAGAACGGACAGUUCCACAAUUUCUCAACCAUCAAGCUCUUCUUGGGAUAUUGAUGCGGCAUCAAGGAACAGGAAUUUAUUCUUCACAACUGAAGCAAUCAAGAAUUAGCAUUGGUAGCCAUUAUGUUUGCAACUACAGCAGAAUAGCACUAGUUCUCUGCUUUUCUUGUUGGCUACAUGCAGAGUUUUUUUUUUUUGAUGCGAUGUGCCAAUGCUUUGGUAGAGGAAAAUAUUAAUCAAGAUUAUCAAUGCCUUUGGGAGCCAUAUCAAAAAUAUGCAACCCAAUGUUUCAAGAAUAACUAAGAUUAGCAAGGCCAUCAGCUACAGCAUUGAUUUCUUUAAAAAUAUGGUGAAUCGAAAACCCGGGAUUCUGAUGAAAGAAGGCUUGACAGUUCUGGACAAUGGCAAAGUAAGGGUGAUUAUCCGGAACACCUUUGAGAAUCCAUGUCACGACCAAUGCAGAAUUCAUCUCCACCAACACGUUGCCUAGUUGAAUGGUUGAGAAUAAAAGAACACAAGCUAGUCCUCAAAAUUAGCUUCUUUUCUAUGUUGGUAAUAUAUUUAUUAUCUUUGUAUUUAAGGAAAAUAUAGUGUUAAGAUAAUAUUAACAUUCUUCUACAUUGUUAUUUUUAAAUUCAAAAUGUGUAUCUUAAAGAGGUAAUAAUUUGAAAACCGAAACAUAAUGGGUAA